CGUUUCUCAUAUACUCGCCACUAACAUCGUCCUAGCCGAAGUGCACUCUUAACAAUUAAUGAAGUAUCCACACGAGAAGUUGUUAGUUGACCUGAUUAUUGAGAUAGGGUCAUGAAGUACCGUUCAUCUUGCGACUGCUGUCAGCGCACGAAAGUGAAAUGCAGUCAAACGAAACCGGCUUGCCAUCGGUGCGCUAAGAAAGGGCUCCAUUGUGUCUACAGUCCGUUAAGAAAUAUUGGAAGACCUAGAAAACGGCUUGCACCAGAGACUGGAAAGGAUGACGGAAUGCUGGGGGUAGGGUUGCUUCCUGAAGAGCAACACGACAAACCUCAUAUUCCAGCUACCACGGGAUCAGACUUUCGAACAGAUCACAUCCUGGAAGGGGCCCUAUCAUCACCGCCAACUCUCUGCAGCAUGGCCAGUGUUUCUGAAGUUUCAAGCGGUACUCCUGACCUCUUGACAAAUCUAAUAUCAGUGGAUGGACGCAGCACAGAAGGGAAUCCAGAACUCGGCACAGCUAGGGCGAUUGAGCCUCUCGCUGUUCUUUUGGGAAACACCCCAAGCUCAGAUCUGGUGUUUUCUGGCGAGCGAAGUAUCCAUCCGACAUCGUAUUGCGCAGAAAGCUGGUUGGAACCUCGCCAUCUGGAGCAGCACAUUCCGUGCCCUUGGGGGCCUGAGAAUGCGUAUGCCGAAAAGCUAAACAGGACUGGCCAAUUUCCAUGGGCUUCCAAGAAUACCGUCACUGAUCCUGUAGUGGAUCAUGUGUAUCAUAACGACAGUGCCAGAUCAUCAGAAGCCCUGAAUAGUCACCAACUUACAAUCACGUCAGACGUAUUGGGUUCCCACAUGGACUGCUAUGUCAUCCUCCUAAGCUAUCUUGCCCAACUAGAAAGCUCCUUGGCGUUGCAGUCGCCUAGGCAUCCAAUUCCAAUCGACUUCACACUACGAGCAGACAGUGAUCUGCGAAAACUGAAAGAACGUAUAUUCACGUGUCAAGGUCAUGGCACCUCGGACACCAUGGAAGCCGGAGCAGGUAAUUCCGUCUCCUGUAUGGCGUCUCCUCGCCCCGUUCUCCUGGUCCUUUGCCUUCUUGCCGAGCGCGUCGUGCAUGCACUGGAAGACCUGUUUCGACGCGCCACAGUCCUCGUUCACCCUGUCGGCGAAACGUCACAAGUGUCUUCUUAUCCUAAUGCGAAACGCACAGAUCGCACUUUGCGCAGUUUGCUGGACUAUACCUCUACAUGCGCUUUCCCAGAAGCAAACAGACAGCUGUAUAUUGGGAGCUUUGAAGUCUACGAAGAAGUCAAAACGCGAUCGCUGCGUCGGAUCUUGAGAGGCCGGAUGUACCGGUUAUUAGACAUGAUCGGGGAUAUGAAGCGUGUGAUAGGAUCAAGGCGAAAGGAAAUCUUGCGAUCUCAGGCACAGGGAUAUGUGCUCGGUCUAAAUGAAAAUAGUGCAGGGACGAACGAGGCUCAAGGAAACUCUGUUGAUCAAUUAUAUCUACGGGUUGAAUCGCUGCUGGGUAGGGUACAUCUCACAGGCUAACGGUCGUAAAACUAAACGAGAAAGGGUUUUCCUGUGCACCAUUCUGUACGAUGAAGUGGCGCAGCAUUACCUGUAUUAUCAUCUUGGAACUCGUCCAAGCAGUCUUAGCAUCAGCUCCCGUGCCCUUUUGACUUCCCCGAGGAGAUCAACUUGGCUUCCGCUUGGAUCCAUUCUCACUUGUCUAUCUUCCUCCUCAAUGUCCUUCAACAUCUCACCUAGCCUGGAAAUCAUGUAGCGCAAUGCUUCUUGGGCUACUAUACGUGCCUCCUCGUCGUCGAGCUC